CCCCCUCGUCGUCGUCUCUCCUCCCUGCCUCCAGCGCAGGCUGUUGACAGCCCAGCAAAGCCGCGCGCAGCCGCCAACCACCACCCGAUGCCCGCGCCGUGAGGCGCGCCGCUGCCGUUAUGACCUCGCCGCCGGCCUCCACCUCCUGGUUCUCCGGCCUCGCGCGCGCCUCCUCCAUGGCCGGCGGCGUCGCCUCCUCCCCGGCCUCCUCCGCCCCCCUCCCAGACGCGCCCGCCGCCGCCAGGUCCGUGGUAGCCGCCGGCGCCGGAGCGGGCGCGGGCGCGGGCGCCGGCGGGGGCAAGCGGAAGCAGCUACGCGGCGCGCUGUUCAAGUACGGGCCCAAGUCCGCGCAGGUACGGGCGCUGACUCGUCCCUCCCGCCCCCCGGCGCGCGGCUGCGAUCUGGGCGUUCGCUUCUGGGAUUCUGGAGAGCUCUGGAGCUCGAGGCUUUACUCCGCGAAGGUAGCAUUCAGAACUGGUGAUUUUAACCAUCAGGUGAUCUUCAUUGGUGGCCUCACAGACGGACUGUUAGCUACUGACUACUUGGAACCAUUGUCUAUUGCAUUGGAGGUUGAGAAAUGGUCUUUGGUCCAGCCAUUGCUUUCUUCAUCAUACAGCGGAUAUGGGAUUUCCAGCUUAGAGCAAGAUGCAUUGGAACUAGACCAGCUUAUCAGUUACUUAAUAAAUAAGGAAAAUUCUGAAGGAGUAAUAUUGCUUGGUCACAGUACUGGUUGCCAGGAUAUUGUGCAUUAUAUGCGUACAAACUUUGCUUGUUCAAAAGCAGUUUCUGGGGUCAUUUUGCAGGCCCCAGUAAGUGACAGGGAAUAUAGAGCAACUCUUCCAGAAACAGCUGAAAUGAUAGAUCUGGCAGCAAAAAUGAUUAGUGAGGGUCGUGGAAUGGAUUUGAUGCCUAGAGAAGCAAAUCCAGAUGCUCCUAUUACUGCCUACAGGUACCAUUCCCUUUGUUCAUAUAUGGGUGAUGAUGACAUGUUCAGUUCAGAUCUUAGUGAAGAUCAGCUGAGGCAGAGACUUGGCCAUAUGUCAACCACACAGUGUCAGGUGAUUUUUUCAAUGGGGGACGAAUAUGUCCCUGAAUAUGUUGAUAAGAAGGCUCUAGUAGACAGGUUAUGUAGAGCGCUGGGAGGCGCAGAGAAAGUUGAAAUAGAAUGGGGAAACCAUGCUCUGUCCAAUAGAGUGCAAGAGGCAGUUCGUGCCAUUGUAGAUUUUGUUAAGAGGGAGGGCCCCAAAGGUUGGGAUGAUCCAUGGAGCUAGAUAUAGCAGCCAUAUCUCAUUUGUAACUAGUCUAUGAUUUUACCCUUUUUCUCCGAUUGUAACAUUUUUCUUUUGCAUUAUUGUUGGUCCAAUUUUUAUUAUAGUGAUAUGCUGGCUUAUUUAUCCCCUUGUCUCCUUAGUAUGCAUCGUGUUCAAGGACGAUGUAUCUGAUUUGUAAAUUGCAAUGAUUUCCAAAUCUUCUUAGUUGCCAAAUCAGUAUUUGGUGAUUA